AGGAUUACUAUAAAUUUCCUACUUGUGAAUUUGGCAGUGGGGGACAUUACCUACGCGAUUUUUAACAUACCACUGUUAGUUAUCAGCCACAUCAACGGACAUCCGGAAGGAGUGGCGGGGGGAGAUUUUAUGUUCUUUAGAAAUGGAGGCCCGGCACGGGGUGGAGAAGGUGCUUCGGUCUUCACCCUUGUUGCCAUCGCAACGGAACGUUACUAUGCCGUCAUAUAUCCACUUGGUAACAAAGGAAAGCUGAAAACACGCAAGCUUAAGGUAACCUUUACUGGAAGCACUGAAAUGUUGACCCCAAUCCAAUAUUUUCCAAUUAUCGCACAUUUUUUAAAUCCCCCACGAAUUUCAUUCAUUUAAAACAUUCGAAAAAUCAUCUAAAAUUUCUUAAACAAUUGUUUAACUAAGGACUUUGACCUAAUAGCGAUACACACGCUGACGUUACUUAUUGCUAUUACUUUACCGAGAGGAAAUUAUUUUUGUUCUCUUAUUGGACCAAUCUUAGCGUGCUUGAAGACUCGAUAGAUAAUUUGUAUUCCAGAAAAGCUUUAAAGGUUAAGAAACUAAUUGGUUCACUUUCUUUGGCUGCGGUGUAGAUGUUGCAGGUCAAAAUCAAAUUCAGGCUAACUUUUUUAACCUAGGUUAAUUGUCAAUUUCCUUUGUCUCCUAGCCUUAAUUACUCAAAAAUUAGGGCUAGGAGAAUUAAGAAUCAACCAAGAUUAAAAUUUUUUAACCUGAAUGUAAUUUUGACCUGUAACACAGAUAUAAAAAAGAGUAACUAUCAGGCAAAGAUUGAACGUGUGGAAGGAACGUUUCUUUUUUUGUAAAUUUUUUACUGGUCAAAGACAGAAUGGAUAAGUUACUGCCGUUCCACCAAGAGGCAAAAAGGCUGUAAGGUCUGCAUCAAUCCACACACAUGACAAGAGCCACUGUCAGUAAUUUUGGCCUUGGAAAGUUUGCCGCGUGUGUACAGGAUGUGAUGGUUGAUUUUGUUGUGGUUGGUUAAUGUUUGUUGUGCGUGAUACAGAUAUUGUUGAGUUUCUUUUCAAAGUCGUAAUUAUAGUAAUGACAUCAUAAGCAAUACCAAGAAGCGGCCUUUUCUUUCAUUUGGAAUUUCUCAGAAUAACUGCACUUACCAAAACCUUACAUUGUCUAGGUUAGUCGAGGGGAUGAUGACCUCGAGAUAUUUUGUUUUACAGCUAAUAAUUCCCGGUUCAUGGAUCCUCGCAGUGAUUUUUAAUAUUCCAGAAUUUAUCAAGCAAGACUUUGUGGAGGAAAAAAAUCCCAACUAUUGUAUUAACGAUUACGACUGGCAACAAGAAUGGAUGGAAAAAGCCUUUCUAUUGGCAAGAAUUUGCGUUCCUAUGCUUUGCUUUACCCUGAUGAUGGUAUUGUAUUCAAGAGUCAUAUACACUAUGUACUUCAAGCGUGAUGAGUAUACUCAACACACAUGCCGACAACUGGUAUGACUUUAUUGUCCCAUAAAUGUUUUGUGUGGAAGUACCGAGAAAAAAACUUGCAAUUAACUAGAGAAAGUCUUUUAUUUAGGGGUCCCGUUGUCUAAAAGACUGCCCGAGAAUGUGAGAAUAUUUAUACAUUCAAAAGAGUUCUCAAAACACCUACCAACAAAGCAGCACUUGAGAAGGUUUAUCUUAUUAGAGGAACCUGGAUGAACUACAAUAAGGGUCUUGUUAUCUUUGUAUAUUUUUAAUUUUCUUUUAGUCUUAGCUUUUGUAUUAAGUCUUAAUUGCCAGCUUGUAAUUUUAAACUUUACCUUCUUUGCUACUAUAUAGUUGUAUUUCGUUAUAGUUGUAUACAGUAUAUAUAGGUUUAAUUUAAAAUGUAUCUUUUAUCUAUCUAUCUAUUUAUUUAUUUAUUUACUUGAUUAUUAGGCAGGUCCACAUCAUCAGCUUUAAUUAGUUGCCUGUAUUUUCUAACCUGAAGUAUCAAAUAAAUUAUGUGUGUAUGUAUGUGAUUUUAUUAUGGGCUGUUUACAACUAGAGUCAAAGCACCCGUGCCUGAGGGUACUACUGAUUGGCGUUGUGUUUGCAAGGGAGUCCCUGAUAUGCACCUUGCAUUCGUCUUGACGAAAUUUAGCCAGUUUAGAGGCAAAAAACAAAUCGACACUUUAUUUUAGUGUCAAUGUAUUUAGCACGAAAGUACUCAUUGGGGACACUAUUUUUUACGUCUCUUACUGGAGACGGAACCACCAUUUUACGUGGUCAUCAACGCGAAGGUCUAGCCGGUUGCAUUACAAAGGUAGUAACUUCAUUUCUUUAGUCCGGCCCCGGGAAUCGAACCCGAGUCCUCCCGCUCUGCAGUCACACGCUCUACCGACUGAACUAACACUGCAGGAACUAAUGCAGUUGCUUCACUAUAUCUUUACAUUAUCUUAAUUGCUAAUGCCAGCACAGGUUGUAACGUGUUUUUGAGAGAGGGAUACUGAUAGAAACUUUCGACGAUCAAGUGACCAAUAGCUGUCAGCACAGUAAUUUAUAAGUUAACUGUAAUUAUUCAUAACAAUUCUUACAACUUGUGUUACAGAAACUCGUUAUUCGUGGCCCACGUUUUAUCCCAUAUCGUUUUAUAAAUUUGUGCAUACUUUUUACUUACUUUUGUUUGUUUAUUAUUUAUUGACCACGAAACUCUUUUCAAAGCAGGCUAGACGCUUCAAUCGACCAAUUCCGAUAUAUUAAAAUCCAUAAAUGGCUGCGAUGCUUGGUGUCAAGUAUGACUUUUAAUAUAUCGAAAAUGGUCUUUUCAAACCAUUCUUUUUCGUGCUCAUGAGUUUUCGUUUCAUUUUUCUUUACCCAGGCUGUACUGAAAGUGCGUAAGAGAGUCACCCUAAUGGUUCUUAUAGUGACUGUUACAUUUGGAAUAUGCUGGGGUACAGACUACAUACUCCACGUGGUGGAAAUUGUUGCCUCCUACAAAUUCAGCCCGGUAGCGAUCCCCGUGGCUCACGUCAUGCUCAUGUUUAAUGCCGCUGUCAACCCGUUUGCAUAUGCUUUGGUUAACCAAAGGUUUCGAGAGAAGAUGAAGGGAAUCUUAGUCUGCCGCUUACCUUUUUCUUCUGCGAGUGUGCAAACAGCAACAGAAUCGCCUAGCAUUGGGCCGGCCUGGCACGUCACACAGCCAAGAGAGAAUGUCCUUGCACGAGACCCAGCUUGGAGUAAUAUCGAGCUCCAGUCUUAUAGAAACAGUUCUACAAUUAAGCAAUAG